GCGGGCCGAGGCGAGAAGACCCCAGCACGCUCGCACGAAGUAAAACCUCCCGGCACGUUAAUCCUUUAGGACGAUGGAAUGGAUUUUCCGGGAGUCACUAGAACCGUCCCACGUGUUCCGGGGUCGGCGAAGCACCCAGCGAGCUUUUAGAAUGGGGAACAGUCUGCCUGCUUCUGUAGGAUUGUCUCAUGAUGCUGCUGUCAAUCACAUACAGGACAUGAUUUCAGCAAACUGUGUGGUGAUUUUCUCUAAAUCAACAUGCCCCUACUGCAAAAUGGCAAAAAACCUUUUUGAGAGUAUGAAUGUGAAUUAUACAGCUGUAGAACUGGACAUGAAUACAAAUGGAAGUCAGCUCCAGGACAUUCUUGAACGGAUGACUGGUGGCAGAACAGUCCCAAGAGUGUUUGUCAACGGGACUUUUGUUGGAGGUGCUACAGAUACUCAGAGGCUUCAUGAGGAAGGCAAACUGCUUCCAUUAGUUCACCAAUGUCAAGGGAAAAGAAAAUCCUGAACAGCCAUCUAGCUUAGCUUAGUCUUCCUUUGUAUAAACAGAAUUUUCCAAACAAAUUUAAAGAUGACAAAUAUACACUGCAUCAGCUGGACUCAACAACUUCAAAUUACAGAUUUCCGAAUUGGAGAUCGCUGUCUGACACUGACUUGACAGACUCAGCCAAUCACUUGGUGUCCUUGCCUCAGCUUCACCACACCCAGAUUGGUGGGGAAAAAAAUGUUGUGUAACUCUUGGGGCUCUCAGUGUGAGAUAGCAACAAAAUGACAUCACUAUUACGUCCUGAUACUAUGCUUCCAAGAAGUAUAGACAAGGAGAACAAUCCUGUAUUUUUUUUGCUGCAAAUUACUUCGCUUUCUGGUUUUGUUCCAGAAAGUUUAUUUGUACAAUAAAUAGUUUAAUGGUUCCUUUAAAUUUAAUUCUUCUUCGAAUGUCAAACUGUAAUCAUGAAGAUCAAGUAUGAAGCAAAACAAGUUUGUAGUGAUAGUGCUGUGUGCAUGUCCACGUCCCUUAGCUUUCAGUGUCUUAUCACCUUGCUACCAAACUGUAUGUCCACUUGCUACAGAAAAUGGAAUAAAGAUUCUUGCAGCUUUCAA